AUGAAGGCUGCUGCUUCCAUUAUCCUCGCCGCCUCGGCCUUGGCCACGGCUCAAGUCACAUAUAACGAGACAACUGGUGUCUACACCUGUGCUGCGCCGAAUGUUGCAUACUGCGCCGGUGACUCUCUGGGGACUGAUAUCAUAAUCCGGUGUAACGGUGCCUCCAUCGGGCAGCCCGGGCGAUGCACCAACAACCUCGCCGGUCAGCCACCUAUCGGCGUCAACCCCGCUCUCUGUUUCCAGACGUCCGAGACCGCGGGUGACGCUGCCUGCGAGAAGAACUGCAUCGUCUACCCAGAGGACGGCUCCAAGCCAUUUACUCUGCCCGCCGACCAAUGCAAGCAGUCAGGUUCCGGCAGCAACAGCACUACUACCACGACAGCCCCCAACGUACCGUCAACAACAAGCGACUGCGCCAGCACCUCCGUGUACCACCAUGGCAACAGCACCAGACUGUAUCCUCCAGUGCCUUACCCUACCAACACCAAGCACUUCCCGCCUCAUCCUCGCCCUACAAACGGCACCAACCCGUCUUACCUCCCCACACCCCCCAACGACACACCAUAUCCCACAAGCGUUCACAACAACGCCACCAACGUUCCCGUCAGGCCAACGGGCACGAGCACGAACACCCCUCCCGACUCUGUUCCCACUGCUGGCGCGGCUCGGAACGGUGUUGGUGCCCUAGCCCUCGCGUUGGUGGCAGCCGUCUACUUCCUCUGA